GCUAGCGAAAAUCGUUAGCUUAUCGGCUUAUUGAUACUGCUACACUGAACUGGCCCACUGUGAAGAUGGAGGGCUUCAAAGUUGAUCCAGAGGUGCGAAGUUUUAGUGAAAUGCAGCAGGUUGUGGUCCUCCGUGCGGGCAGCGACUACGCCACGACCAGCGACCUCAGAGUGCUCCACAACCUGCGGGCCUUGGAGGAAACCAGCCGGGUGACCUCCCCUUUUGGCGGGGUGCAGACGGAAAUCCAGCCCUUCAUGAGGCGGAUACUGGUUGUGUGGAUGUUUCAGGUGUGUGAGGAGCAGAAAUGCGAAGAGGAGGUGUUUCCGCUGGCGGUGCAUUACCUGGACUGUUACCUGAGCCGCUUUGCCAUUGAGAAGCCCAGCCUGCAGCUGUUAGGGGCAGUUUGCAUGUUCCUGGCCUCCAAAAUGAGAGAAAUGGUCCCCCUGACUGCCAGCAAGCUUUGUGUCUACACAGAGAACUCCAUUUCAGUCUCAGACAUACUGCACUGGGAGCUUGCAGUGGUGUCCAGGUUAGACUGGUGUCUGGCGUCCGUGGUCCCCUCUGACUUCCUGGAGCCAAUUCUUCACGCUCUCCCCUUUGUUCGACCCCCCCACCUUCGAAACAUGCAGAGGCAUGUUCACACCUACAUUGCUCUGGCUGCCAUGGAAUGCAGGUUUUCGGUUUUCCUACCCUCCACUCUUGCAUGUGCCUGUGUGAGCAUUGCCAUGCAGAGUCUAAAGCUGCUGGAUGCAGACGUCUCCUCAGAUUCAGUGAUGAAGUUUUUCGCUGACCUUUUGGCCACUGAUCAGAGAACCCUGCUCCUUUGCUAUGACCAGCUCAGGACUGUGUUAGAGCUCAGCCUGCCCUCCAGUUUUAAGGAUACUGUUUGCAAACCAAAGGAACACGGAUCAGGGAUCAGUUACACCCCUGCUGACAUUCAGGAUGUUGUACUGACACCAGCGUCCCCACCUGAGGAAAUCAAAAUAAAGCACUCCUCCCUGCCAUGAAAAGUUGACUUCCAGGAAAUGAAAUGAGAAGGCCAAUUAAGAUGGAAGAAAUGCAUCUACGUGGCACUUCACUUUAGUCUUGUUUUUUUUACAUGCUUUGUUUAGGAUUCUCCUUUUGUUACUGAGUUUUCUGCAGUUGCUUAAGCAGUUUUAUUCCUUGUUAAACCUGUUGUGACAGAGCUGAACUGUGCCUGUUCCUGACAGCAGUGAUUGCGUGUUUUAAUUGUAAUAUUUUAUUUGUACUUUUGCAAGUGCAACACUAAUCAGUUGUGGCAGUUCUGAUCAGUUUAAACUGAAGUUUGCAGUUUCAGCAGUGCAGACUACAAAUCAAUCCUGUUAAACAUCAAUAGAAUAUCUGUAUGUAGGUCAUAAACAACACUGGUCAGCACCUGAGUAGUUUUUUUUAUUGACUUCCUCAUCCCAGUAAGGACAACAUGGCAGAUAUACAUAUAUAUAUAUAUAUCAAACAAAUGUCUUUGACUUUGGCCGGCGUGGGUUAAAUUAAACCUGAACCACCCGGGAUAGGGGACAGGGAGAAACAAAAACAAUGUGAAUGUUUGUAUGUAGGUCAUUAAAACCAUUGGCCAGCAGCUCA